AUGUCAACUCGCGCCCAGAAGCGUGAGGCUCCAGAAGCCAGUGAAGCAUCAUCUUCUGUCGCACGCAAACGCCAGAAAACCCAAGCCAUUCGUGCAAUACCUUCCCAAUCCACUGAUGCUGCCCUCUCUGUUACAGGCGAGCUCGAUGUCGCGUCUUUUGUCAAGGCUCGAGAGUAUGAAAUCAAUGCCUUGGAGAAGAGCAUGCAGAAUACCAGGCAUGGUUUGACUACAAGAGCAUUCCAACAGGUUCCUCGAAAGAUGAGGAGGAGGACAGCGAGUCACAAUGUCAAGAAAGUGCCCCGGCGGCUACGACGACGUGCAGAGAAAGAGAUGAAAGAGGACAAUACACCCACGGUCACCGCACGACGGAGAAUACCAUCCACGAAGAUGCGCCUGCGACUACAGACGGCGAAGCGGAUUAAAGCGAUGAGCAGCAAACAUAAAAGUGCCAGGGCAAGGAAGAAAGAAGCGAAGCGCAAUGCUCAGGAGACGGAUCCAGAGGCUCGUUUAUCAACAACGAUAGUCCCUAGGAUCAAGAGAAAUCGCCUCGCAGAUCCUCCCAAGGCAACAUCGAAAUUUAAAAAGCGUCAGAUUCACAAAACUUGGUUGCCGACGCAUCUAUGGCAUGCGAAACGUGCACAUAUGACUAGACCAAGUGAGCCGCUCUGGCGAAUGGCAAUCCCCCUGAGUCCUACAGAGAAAAGUUAUAGGCCGAGCCAUCGAGCAAGUGGAGGACGAGGCGCUGUUGCAUGGGAUAUGAGCUACAUGGCUACGAUUGGUUGUGAGGGACCGGAGCCUGCCUUGGUUGCCAUGUUGAAGGCAGUUGGAUUUGGCCGGGAUGAUCUGUGGGCCAGCAAAGGCAAGCGGUGGAGAAACGGUGUGAGAAGUGCAAGUGGAUGGGCAUAUGAAAGGGAUAACGAUAAAAGGACCAUCACACCGAUGACCGUCCUCUGGGAAUACCAACAUAACAAGAGUUCAGUUGAUAGCUCUCAGGAACCCAUGGUGGACACAAUCGCAAGUGAGAUGGAGCAUGCUGCAAAUCGACACGCAAGCAAUCCGUCGCUGCCAAAUAAGUUCAAGCCGGCGAAGAAGAAAGUCCUCCUCCGUGUCCAUCCUUCUGCAUUUCACCAGUUGUGGACCGAACUAUUCAAGGUCGCGAAAAUGCAACGUCCUCCAAUAGUGCUUGAAGACCUCCGUUUCGAGAUUGCAAGCCUUGAGGUGACUGGACCUGCGUCUACGGAAGCCCUUUAUGCAGUCUUACAACCUACUGUAGCCUCGGACGAGCCAAUACCUUCCUCAGCACGGACGUGGACUAGGUUGCCAGGCCUUACAAAUCCUGCGUCCCUUCCUCUAGGAGCAAUUUUAGGCUUCAAGACCUCAGAUCCACGACUGACCCAUCCGCGCAAGCCGAUAGCGAUCAAGACAGACCAGAAUAGCAACGACGAGCUUACGGAUCUGAUGAUGGACUGGCCUCCGGACAAUGGGGUGGUCCAGGCUGAUAUCUUUUCGCACAAGGCCCGCAGAACAGCUUCAAGAUCGUUGCCCUCUCAGAAGGCGGUCAAUCGGCGAAAAGGCCUGACCCUGCCUGGAGAAACUCCUGAACCGAAGGAGACUGAUCCUCACGUACCGGUCAUGCUCCUGGCAUGUCGUCCCAAUCCAAGUGCAAGUGGCGCGCAAGGCACAUGGACUGUUCUCCUACCAUGGAAGUGUUUAGAUCCCAUCUGGCGCUGCUUGAUGUAUUACCCCCUCAGCAGUGGAGGAACUGUCAGAUUCGGCGGGCUGGAUGAGACAAGACAGAUUGCCCUCGAGCGAAACGAGCCAUGGUUCCCUGGUGACUUUCCGGCUACCGAAGCUGGGAAGGCUUGGGAAAGAACUGAGGCCGAGAAGCGAUACAACAUCUGGAAACGCAAGCCGCCUAGUCGCAGGGUAAACUAUGAUGCAUUAAAGCUUGACAAUAAGGGGAAAGGCGAGCAUGGAAACGGCUGGGCUUGUGAUUGGAGUUUCCUGCUAGGCUUCGAUGUGGACAAGUCCAAUCCUCAUCCACACGUCGAGGAAAUAAGCGGAUCUACCAAUAUUGCGAGCUCGGAGCAUGGACCAUCAACCAACCCAGGCACUUUCGAAAGCAAGGAUACCACCCAAGACACCAACGAGAAGCACACCCACUCUUCAGCGACAUCAGCAACCCCAGUUUCGCAACUCUCUCCCGAACGAGCAAAAAUCUUCCUCGACUCCUCAUUCAACACUAUCCCAACUUCGCCCACGAACAAGGCCCACCUAGCAACAAUCCGCAUUGACCUUCUCACCCGCGGCACUCCUUUCCCUUGCGCACGCAUCUACCGUCUCCCCUUCCGUUCCUCAUCUGGCACGUCCGCCCUUUGCUACAAAUGGCUAGCCCUAGAUUCCCACUCCAAUCCCUGCACCAAAACCAAAAAAAUCAAGACAAAUUGGCGUGGCGACACCGCCAACCACUCCGCCUACCCCAACGAAUACGCCGAGAUCAACGCAAUCAACUACCAACCUCCGAACAUGGUGCCUGAAGCCAUCGUAGAGCUCGAGAAAAAGAAAGGCGAGUUGAGGGCGAAGAGGGAGAAGUUUCAGAAGCAGAAGCUUGAGAAGAGGGCUAAGGCAGGCGGAAGGGGUGAGGAGGACAUUGAAGGGAUGACGGCGGAAGAGAGAGAAACACUGAUGGAGGAGUUGAUGAGGCCGAGUGCGGAUAAGGAUCAGGAUGGAUCGGUGCCGGAUUGCCCGGGGGGGGAGGAUUUGAUCGGGUUCGUCACAAGUGGAGGGUACAACUUGAGGGUUGGGAGGGGGACUGGUGUAGGGGCCAUUUGGGCGGAGAGGGUGCUUGAGGGGUGGGGCAGGGGGUCACAAGACAUGCAGGGAAGAGGUGCAGGUAGCACAAGAGACGUAAAGAGGCUGGACAGGGAGAGGAGAUUGUGCGUUGUUCGCAAUGCUGGGGAGACGGCGGGGAGACUGGGGCUUUGGGAGCUGUGUGAGUAG